ACAGGUGACGCAACAUAUGCUAGUCCUGCGCCGACUAGCUCCUCCGGGAGCCAAGCUCCUGAGUGCUUGGACUCGAAGUUUUGGCCUGGUGGAGUUCGCCGGCCACUGGCCUAGCUUGGAGAAACAACAGUUCGAGUCGGACAUGCGGGUCAUCCAGGACUUUGUUACGGCGGAAGAGGAAGAACUCCUGAUACGAGAAAUAGAGCCUCACAUCAGCCGGUUGCCCUACGAGUCCAGCCAUUGGGACGACGCGAUUCAUGGUUACCGCGAGGUGGAACGAAAAAAGUGGUCACCCGAAAACCGGGAUGUGCUGAACCGCGUCUCCACAGUCGCCUUCGAUGGUCAAGUUAUGCCCUUCGUUCAUAUUCUGGACCUUGCUGAAGCUGGUGUGAUCAAGCCGCACGUAGAUAGCACUCGGUUUUGUGGCCACACCAUUGCCGGAAUCAGCCUGCUCAGUGAUUGUGUUAUGCGGCUGAAGCGAGUGCCCGAAGAUCCUAGCACUGCUAGCCACUCCGCAGAUCUGCUCCUGCCCUGUCGUUCGCUCUACAUCAUGAGCACCCUGGCGCGAUACAAGUUUACACACGAAAUCCUGGCCAGUGAACAAUCGUGGUUCAAGGAACGCUUGGUGAAAAGAGGGCGUCGCGUCUCCGUAAUCUGCAGAAACGAACCUUAGUAUAUAAUCCGGUUUUAAACGUGUUUUUACCCCUGAAAGGAAUAUAAUUUGUUGAAUAAACCCAAAACUCUGGUUCUGUCCUGCA